CAGGUGGGUAGUUUUGUUGUUGUUGAGGGCCCGAUCGACUGGAAACGGUGGACGCUUAUUCUAUGAUUCAACUCAAUAAAUCUCUUGUAAUAAUUGAUUGAAUGCAGCACCAACCACAUUGAUUACGGUAAUAAAAAACUUGUUAAAAGAAAAUGCACGGACAGUAAAACUGUAGAGUAUAAAGCGACAAAUUGUCAGCUAUGGCAGGCCCAGGAGGUCAAGGAACUUUGCAGAAUGUCUUCAAGGACUUUCACUCCCUCUAUGUUGAACGUCUUCGAAAACUAGAUGAUGCGAGCGCAAGUAGAGAUGAUUCUCAAAAGAAGAAAGUGCGGAUUUUACAGUCGUAUGUGAACGAUCUCAGCGAACAGAAUGAAAUGUUAGUAAAAACUGUGGAAGAUCUGGAGAAAGAGGCUAACGAUCGAGUGGCUUUAUUGGAGUCUAAGUUGCAUCGAACAUCUAGUACAGUCAAGGAAUACAUCAGUAGGUCGACAAACCUUGAACAGCAAAUGAGAGGUCAUAUUAUACAAAAGGGAAACUUACAGCAAGCUUUAGAAGACCUGGAGCAUCGUUUUGAGCGUUUAUCAGAAGAGGAAGAGAAUUCACGCUGCGAGAAUAAUGACCUGAACCAUGAUAUCAAUAUACUGGUUGGCAUAAUUGCUAAUGCACGUGCAACAGGCAGAUGGGAAAUGGGAGGACUGGACUUCCGGAUUCUGACGCCAGAUCAGGUGCUCGGUCCUGAGGGAAAAGAGGUCCGACAAUCAGACGACAUCCUGCAGGAUCACAUCACCGAGUUAAAAUCCCAGCUAUCACAUCGGGACAAGAUGAUAGACGAACUUCAGGCAGAGCUUAAGACAUCACAGAAUGAUCAGAGGUCAUCAGCCACGGAGAUCGUACAGAAGGAUUUUGUACUGGGGUCAACCAAAUCAACCCUGUCCACCAUUCAUGACCGUGAGCAAAUACGUAUGGUCGAUGGCACAAGUAAGGAUAUCAUCAUCAUGAAAUUGAGAACGGAGCUGAUGAAAUGCGAGCAACAACUGCGUGAUGUACAAUCUGAGGUUGCUAGCCGAGAUGCAAACCUAGAUAAGUUACAAGGGCUUGUUAAUAGGCUGCAAACGGAAAUGGAAAUCGUAAGCUCUAAGUGUGCUAAUCAAGUAGAGACCAUUCAGAUACUCAAGGAGUCACAGCAGCAAGGUGUUGAUAAGAUAAUUGUGUUAGAUGGUCAAGUGAAAGAAUAUGAAUCUCAGUUGGAAAUUUCAAGAACCACUGCAAACAGAAGUACAUCUGAUAUUACACAUUUAGAACGAAGGAUCAAAACAUUGGAGACAGAAUUGAAACAGUCGCAAGACCAGAGAAGAAGGGCUAUUGAAGAGAUUGGACAUUUACAGAGUAGACUAACUGACAGCCAGAUGUCUUCACAAGAUCACCAUCAGAUCCUAAAAAUGGAGCUGUCCAGACGGGACGAGACUAUUCAGAAGUUGCGUAAAGAAGUUUUAAAUCUUCAGGAACAUAAUGAUAAGAUGCAACAAGAGAUUGAUAAAACUGAAAGGAAGGCAAAGCAGAGCCAGGGAUCACUGCAGGAACUGACAUCAAAAAGUGCAGAAAAAGAUAUCAAAUUAAAUCAGCUGGAAAAAGACCUUCAAAAUAUGAAGGUCAAGUAUGAAGCCACGAUGAAGGAGCUCAGCUCAAGUGAACAAGCUCUUCAGAUGGCUCAGAACGAGGUUCAAGAGCUUCGGCACAACGAACCACAAUUGACAUCGCAUGUACGACAGCUGGAACAGGCUGUUGAGUCCUUGAAGGCAGAGAAUAGAGACGAACGAGUGGCGCUGACAGCUGAGGUUGCUCAGAGGCACGAUGAGGUUGUUAAAUUAAGGGGUGAGCUCACAGUAACAGAGAAGAAACUACGCGAGUGUUACAGCCAGGUAGAGUACCGAGGCAGUGUAAUACAGCAGCUGAGAGUGGAUAUCAAGCAAAUCAAUGAGCAGUGUGAGGCAUCAAAACAAAAGGAACAAGAUCUUCAGAACACUGUAACUCUGCAUGAAGAGAAAGAACGUGACCUGAAGGGUCAGCUUGAUGAGACACAGCGAUACAGCAGCCAUGCAUCCGCACAGUUGAAAGCAGACUUGACAGAGAAAGAUGGUGCUAUACAAAAUCUAAAGAAAGAUGUGAUGUCACUGCAGCAAAAACAUUCUUACAUCCAAGCACAAAUCCAAAAACGUGAUGAGACAAUUGAGAAGCUGCAGCAGCAGCAGCGAGAUGGACAUGGUGAAGUCGGUAGAAGAGAGCAGGCAAUCCAGAAGCUUGAAGUAGAACUGAUGACAUCACAAGAACAGCAUCAGAGGACUACAGAAGAGCUGUCCAGAAUAUUGGACAAGUAUUCGCGAAUAGAAAGCGAGUUGGAGAAAGUACAGAAGAGCUACAAAGAAGUUGUUGAGGAAAACGGUCGUCUAUCAGCCCGUGUCCAGGCCAUGCACCUGACGGCAUCCAGCGAAAAGGACCUGUUGUCAUCGGAACUUAGUAAGCGGGAGGAGAUCCUGCGAGGGACACAGGUUGAACUGGCAGCACUAAGGAAUCAACUUGCUGUAACAGAAGAUAAACUUACACACAGGGCUAAAGAAAUUGAUCAUCUACAACAUCAGAACAGGAAUCUGUCUGAUGAGGCCCAGCAAAGUAAAGGUAACAUGACCGCAAUGAAAAAGGAACUACAAGAACUGGAGAAUAAGUAUUACAGUAGCAAGGAAGAGGUCGCCAGGCUUGAGGAUACAUGCAAUACAUUGAAUAGGGAGCUGCAGGAAGCUCAAGCUAGGGACGAUGAACUACACCAUGAGUUCCAACUGAAAAAUGAAGCUUCUUAUGACUUAAAAAGAGAGAUCUCUGAACAGAAGCAGCAGCUGAAAGAUCUCAAGUCCAAGAUCGGUGAGCGCGACAGUGUCAUGGAAAAAUUAAAUAAGGAAAACGAUAAACUCAAGUCGCGGAAUCAACAUCGUUCGUCUGAGAUACAACAACAAUCAGAAAUGCUGAAGAAACUCGAGCAAUCCCUGACUAAAGCACAGAUAGAUAUGCAAGAUAUGAGAAGGAAAAACGAAGAAGAGAUUUCCCACAGAGAUAGUGGUAUCACCCAACUGCGAGAAGAGCUAAUGGAGUCCCAACAACAGUAUACCGCAUGCUAUGAUGAAUUAAUGAAACUUGAGGAUGUUAUAGAAACAUUGAAAGUUGAGAAUUCUAAAUUGAGCCAGAUGUCGAGACAGGACAGUGAGCGAGGAUCACAGCUAAAGGAGAGACUUCAAACCGCUGAGCUUAACUUAGUAAUUAGCCAAGAAAAACACCGCACAUGUCAACAAGAGGUUGCCCAACGUGAUCAGACGAUCUUAAGGUUGUCAAGCGAGUUGGACACAGCACAACAGCAAUACCAUGGUACUGCUGAUGAGUGUUCAAACCUGAAACAGCAGUUGGUGCAAAUUCAGAUGCAAUUAAGCGAUUCCGAGAAUGAUCAGAAACUGAUCCAAGAGCUUGCUGAUGAACGGCACAGAAAGAUCUUGUCAUGUGAACGAUCCAUCUUUCGUCUGCAAGAAGAUCUGAAACAGCUGCAGCAGGAGAACCAGAAUCAUAUCAGCAAGAUGCAAGAGAUUGAAAGACUUCUGGAGAGUGAGAAGCAGCUCCGAGCUGGUGACGUCGAGCAGUCUCGGCGGGAAGUAGAUGAUCUACGCAGUCAGCUCGUCGAUGUCAAUACAGAGCUCGAUGAGAAAGAACGCAUGCAGCUGAAGUUGAAAGACGAGAACGACUUACUGAAAGAAGAAACAGAAGAAUCACAGCAGUUGGUUCAUAUGCUGCGACAACAGGUCUCUGAUACAAAGAUUAAUAUUCAGGAGCAGGAGGAUACCCAGGCCAGGGCCACAUCAACUAUUGAAGGCUUGAAGGAAGAAGUCAAGCUUACAAAACAGGAGCUAGAGAAAUACAAGACUGAGCAUGCUCGGUAUAAGGAACGAGCAGAGCAGCUAAACAUUCAGUUGCAACGAGUUGAAUCAAACUCUGCUAAAACGAUACAGAAUCUUGAACAGCAGGUGCUUACAAUCUCAGCUAAGGUGCAUGCAAGAGAUGAGUCACUGCAGAGGUUGCAGCAUCAGUAUGCUACCAAUGAACAUCAGUUAGAGGAGGAAAUAAACAAAAACAAACAAUGUGAACAACUCAUAGCCUCCCUUACAGAUGAAAUCAAGCUAAGUCAUCAAGAUUUGGAAAGUAAACGUGAAGAAGUUCUCAGUUCAGAGUCUACCAUUGCUAACAUAAAGAGAGCCCUGUUGAAAAGCCAACAAGAGGUGAUUGACUGUGGCUCACGUUAUAUAACAUCUAAAUAUAGUGCACCCUCCAAUUCGGUAAUUAAAAAUAACGCUUGCGUUUUCUUGUUCAAUAAGUGUGGCCAUUAUGAAGAUAAUGUGAGGAAAUUACAAACAGAAUUGCAGUCAUACCAGGAUAGUCACCAGCAUACAAAACAAGAGGUUGAGAGCCGUGACCGUGAAUUAGAAAAUCUUAACUCCGAGAUUCAUAACUACCAUGAGAAGACAAAGGACCUAGAGAACGACCUGAGAGAAGUGCGAAUGAAAUGCCAGGAUUUCGAGCGUGCCCUAGCAUCUGCGAAGGAGCAGCGUAAUGGUGCUGCUAAGGAAGUGCAACGGCUGGAACAAAGUUUACAGCAGGUGCAACAAAACUUGCUUUCAUCACGGCAGAAACAUAAAACCGAACUGAUGCGAUCAGAAGUUCAAACAAAGAAAUCGAAGGAGGAAAUUGACGAAUAUCAGAAAAAAAUGGAUCUGAUUAAAGCAGAGUUAUCAAAGAGGGAGGAACAACUGCAGAGGUCACAACAGGAACAGUUGAAGCUAAAGAACAAUAUUGCUGCAAAAGUUGAUGAGAUCGAACACCUUGAAGCCAGAAUUCAAACAGCUCAGAUUGAAAUCCGUGAACUUCAGACAUUGGUGAGGCAGUUAGAGAAUGACAAGACAAAGAUAGAAGGAGAUGUUCAGCAAUCGAUGGAUGAGUUAACAGAGGCAAGGCAGCAGUACAGAGAUGCUGCACAAGAGCUUGCUCAUCAUGAAGAGAAGUUGAUGUUGAUGGAGAAUAGUUUACAGACGACGCAAGAACAGCUGAGUAGUCGAGUCGCAGAAGUUGUACGGCACGAACAAUUAAAUAAUCGUCUACAAGCGGAGGUCACAGCUUUUAGAAGUCGAUCAGAUGAUCAGAAUUCUAAACUAGAUGAACAGAAACAAGUUGUAGAGAGUAUGAAGAACGAGUUGAAUAAAACUUUAGUGGAACUUGAGGGCGCUAGAGAAGCACUGGUAAAUGAACGAUUGAAUAUGGAGAGGGCAAGAGAGGAACUACAAUAUGAGAGAUUGCAAGGUCAAGAGGUCACCCUCCAGCUGAAGAAUGCAAAGAAACAAGUCGCAGAGAUCGAGGCAGAGAUGAACAAAAACAAACAAAAUUACAAAGCUGAUAAGAAUAAGUUAAAUGAGCUUGAAACACUGACCAGCCAGCUACAGUCUGAGCUGGACUCGACACAGCAGAGGCUCGCCCUAACCAAGGAAGAGUUAGCGGAGAGUGACAACCACCUGAGGGUAGCUAGGAUGAGCCUGGAGUCUGCCCAGUCAGCAUCCCAGAUACAUGCAUCUGAAAUAGCAAGGUAUGAAGAGUUGAUGAGUCAUUUCCAAGCAGAGAAUGAGGAGAAAGAUGAAGUCUUAAGGAAUUUAAAUAGACAGCUGGAGGAAUGCAAAAUGCAACUCAACAGUGUACAUAGACAGCUGGCAGAGACCCAAGACAAGCAACAGAAAGCCAUGGACCAACUUAGUGACAGAGCCUCGGUAACAGCUAGGCUGCAGGCAGAACUUACCAAAGCAGACAAACAAAAUCAGUUACUCUCACAACAGGUUAAAAUGUACGAAGACAAGAUGAAGAAACUACGAACAGAGCUUCAGAAAGUGAACGAAUUGAAUCGAGAGAGUGAGACGGAAGUACAGAACCACGAAGUUAAGCUGCAGGAGUUGAUUGACAGACUGGCAAUGUCCGAGGACAAGCAUCGGCAGAGCCUUCACGAGGUUGCAUCUAGGGAGGAACAGAUUGUGGUUCUGAAAGUGGAACUAGCAUCUACCAAUGAGAAACUAAGACAUAGAACAGGAGAAACGAAUAAGAUCAGUGGAGCUUUGGAAGCUAUGCAAGAGCAUCUACAGGUUUUGACCGAGGAAAGGGAUCAACUGAGGUCAUCUCUGGAGGAAUCCCGGAACAGCGGAGACAGACUCCAACAGGAGAGUGAACUAGUGGUGUCCAAUAUCAAUACCUGGGUACAGGAACAAAAACAAGCCAAUGAGAGACUUGGAAGUAAAAUGAGGGAGCAAAAUCAGUCUAUCCGUGCCCUCAACAGCGAGAAAGAACAGUUAGUGGAACGGAUUGACAGCCUGAAUCAAGUACUUAACAGAUUGAAGGUGGAGAAUGAAGAAUUGAAGAUCUCAGCUGAACGACUGAAGGCACUGCAGAACCACUCAGCACACCAGCAGGCACUGCUGCACCAACUGAAAAACAGACUUCAGGAACAUGAAAAUGACCAAGAACUUGAGCUCUCCGGUAAGCUGGCAACAAUCGAAGACCUUCACAUCCGACUCAAAGCAAAUGUAGACUCCAUCCAGCAGUUAAAUCAACAACUGAACACACUGAAUGUGGAGAAUUCCAGGCAGCGUACAGAGCUGGAGAGAGAGCGUAGUAGACGCGAUAGUCUUCAGUUACAACUGGAAAGCAAGGAGCAAACCCUAAUUAGCCUCAAAGCACAGUUGGAUGCCUUGAAGUACCAGCUGAGAGAGAUCAACCUUCGAAGUAGCAAAAGUGUUGAUAACAUAAGUGGUCAGUUGGACACGUCCAUUCUGCCUGAUUCAGCGUAUGCAUCGGCAUUAGAACGAGGGUUACAGAAGUCAGCCUCUAAGGAGAGGACCGAACUUAAUUGGAGCAUGACAACCGAUGAAAUUGCGUUAGCAGAUCCAGACAGCUUUGCGAAAGCAUUCUGGAUACAGCGUGUCGGGGAGCUGUCCGUACAGCUACAGCAGAGUAGCGAGUACUGGUGUGGUAAAGUCCGUGAGCUGUCUGCACAUAUUGAGCGAACACAGACGCCAUCACCGAAGAAGACUCCUGAAGAUUAGGAAAGAUGUUCAACAUGUUCUGCAUAGCUUCAGUGAAAUGAAAUUUUGACAAUCAAAACGCCCUCCAUUUAAUCUGUAUGAUGGUAGAGGAGGAACACAAUUGACCUAAAACAAAUUAUGUUAAUGGUCAACAAGGAAAGAUGGUCAAGGUAUGCAGAUCGAGGAAAGCUGGCUUACCUAUAGUCUUUGUACUUUGACGUAGUGUCCAGCACCAAAACCCUGUUCAGUACUUUUUGAAUAAGAAUUCGUCAGUACUGAAGUACAAUAGAACCAAAGCCUAUAUUUAGUCAACUUUUUUACUGUUAUAAAAAAAACGCCUAACUUGAUAGGAAUGUAUUUAUUUGUUUUCUUACGAAAAAAAAAAUUGUAAAUAUAUGACCACAGUUGAGCACCAAUAUUAACAUUUCUGAUACUAUUUUUAGAACCUAAUUGCUUGUAAAAUCUAAUAUGAUUUUUCCAUAACAGCAUUAAUGUUUUUGUAAAGUACUUUUACUCUGUAUUUCAGUUCUGUAUGUAUAAUACAUUAAUUUUAUCAAUGAUUACAUAGUGUCAUCAUGUUUUUACUACUUUUAUUAUUUAUAUAAUAUUUUUAAGACUGUUAUGUACAGGUGGGUUUUUUCCCCCUAAAAAUGGUUGUACAAAUUAUAAAUUACAAAUAUUCCCUUGAAGAACAGUUUUUGUGUCUAUGCCACCUCGGGGACAAAGACACUAUGUUAUGAUCUGGCAGUUAAAGAUGGCAGAAAGGGUGAAUCCGGUGGAGAUGCAUGAUGGGUCAUGUGUCAUCUUAAGUACCUUAUUACUGUACAAAAGUCAUUAAAAAAAUAUAACACCACACAUUUCCUGAUAACCGAAUCCCAUGUGGAUACUUAUAUUAGUAAUAAUAAUAAUAAUAGUGUAGUUUUAUAUAGCGCACAUAUCCAUCUAAUGUAAGAUGCUCAGGGCGCUUGAAAUGUGGACUAGGAACUCGACCAAACAUAACAUAACAUAAUACAGAAAGGCAGUAUAAGACAUAGACACGCUCCCGCUGGGAGCCUAUUUUUAUUUAAAUGUAAGAGAAGUGUGUAAGAAUAUGAGAUGAAAUUUUAUGCGUCCAUCAAUCAAUCAAUCAGACUGUCAGUCAGUCUAUCAAUCAACCAAUCAAAUAACUUGUAUAAUAUAUAUCAACAAAUUCCAUCAUGCAAAAUAAUCUCCAGUGGUGCUACAUGAUGAUGGCUUAAUUUCCAAAUGAUAAAUCUUAUCACUUUAAAUGUAUUGAAUGUAUAUAUUUUUAUCUACUGUAUUUUAUUUAAAUUUGGCUUGUAAACAUAAUGUAUGCAUGGACUUCAGAUUGUAUAUUUGAUUAAAGAAUUUCUGCACUAGUUAUAUAAACCACCAAUGAUUUUUUUAAUGAUUUGUGCAUAAAUUAACAUAAAUUUAAUACAGGAUAAAUAAAAAUAAUCCUGACUAAGUGCCUUACAGUCCAGACGUUUAUUAAAUCAAUUUCAAAUAAAAAGAUGUUAAAAUGUUGUGUGUAAUAUUGUAAUGUUGAUUUUUUUUAAGGGAGGUGCUUAAAAGUGGUGCCAUGCCCUCCACCUCUCCUAUGUAAACUGGGCAGGCUGCAAAAUGUUAUAUUUUUGUAAAGAAAGCCAAGAGAGGGAUUACAUCUACUAUUGUAAAAAUGCAAUCUGUGGUGUGGUUUUGUCUUUUUUUUUGCUGCAGAAGCUUGACAUAAAUGUGUGCUUUUAAUUAAUUGUAUCAGUCCACCUUUUAUGAAAUAUUCAGGUGUUGAAAGAGUAAAUUUGUGAUAAUAAACAGAAAUUUUUAUUCGAAA